AUGUUCAGGCGCCUGGAAAAGAAACUCUAUAACUUCUGGCUGCCUGUCAUCAACCGUCAUCGUCUCCCGCCCUUCCUCCGAUCGCGCCAAACCUCGCCCGAUGGACCACCGCUCCCGCCAACCACCCCUCUGGGGGCAUGGCGGCCCAUGGCCUUGCGCCCCAUGUUUCUCACCCUGAUCACCGCAAUAAUGUUCGCUUCGUUGAUAACAUUGGAGGUUCUGCGGCGAUACUGUGAACAAUAUGGAGGACUGGUCUUCUUCUCCGACACCGACAAUGUCUCCAACCUGCAGUCAUUCGCCUACAACUACCUGCCCAUCAUCGGCGCCCUGGCCCUGGUCACCCUCUGGACCUUUGUUGACUACGAUGUAUUGCGCUUGGAGCCCUACUUCCAGAUUGCGCGACCGGAAGGUGCCCCCGCCUCGGUUCUCUUCAUCAAUUACAACUUUGGCCAGUCGUUCCUCACACCCCUUACGUCUGCACGGCGCCGCCAUUGGAUCGUCCUUCUGGUUUCCGUCACCACCGUGCUCAUUCGCAUGUUUCUCCCCGCCCUGCAGAGUACCCUCCUCGAACUCCGUGAGAUCAACAUGCUCGACGACGACGACAUGAAAACAUGGCCGCAGUUGUUGGAUCUCGACCACCAGGCGGAGUGGAUGUUCUCGCAAGAAAGCAGCCCGAACACAACCCUCGCCUCAGUCUUGACCACCAACACACAACUGCGCGACUCCCGCUCGUCCAACUACGCCGUGGCUCCGGUCGAAAUCAGCCUCGAAGAUCGGCAGGAGAACACCGUGUGGACCUUAAACGAGACUAUCUACUGGGCUCAACUAUCCUGUCGCGAUGUCAUGAUAGACAAUCACCUGUCUGUGUCCGUGAACGAUAACUCGACCUACCCACCGGCCGUCUCGUGGAACGUGACUGAUGUCAAACUGCCCGAUAUCAACGGAAGCGACAACGGCUGCAUCUUGGAUUUUCACUAUAAGAAUAUUUACUUCGAUAACACCGAUUACCUGCAGAUUCGCUACUGGGAGCCUGUUUGGCCCAACCGGUCACACCAUUCUCCGGAUAUGAGCUCCGCGUUCACUGCCCGUGGUUGCGACAACCCCUACGACUUGUAUGGCAUCGUUCUCUCGGUCAACGCGACCGAGGCCGGAGCUUACAGCAUCAGCGAAAUGGGAUCCGAAUUCACCUCAACAGCCACGAUAUUUGCCUGCAAGAUUGAUUACCGCCAAGCGACCGCGCGACUGAGUAUGCACGCCAACAGUUCAAUCACCAAUGUCACCGUCUUUCCUGACACCGAAACCACCUUGUCCGACCAGCUUUUCAAUAUCAACGCUUUCCAAGGACUGCUAGCGCAACGUGCGCCGUACACGGGGGACAUGCUGUUCAUCGAGAAUAAUCAGACCAGUGGCGACACGACCGUGACGGAACUACCCGUGAUCAGUCAGAACGUGCGCGACUUGGAGCCGCUGCUGGUGUUGGAUGCAUCGACCGUGAUGACUCCGGAUGAGUUCGAGUCGAAAGUGACACGAGGCGUUGUCCAGACGUUUGUGCUCACUUUCGCGCGGCUCUUCAACCCUGACCAGGAACCGACCAGCGUGCCCGCCUUGCGAUUCUCAACCCAGGUCACGAUAUCGGUGGUCACCUUCGCUGCUUGGUGCUCGGAGAUAUUACUAGCCUGUGGAAUUGUGCUCGCCGUCUGCUUGAUCUACUUCUAUCAGUCCCGCCCGAAUAUCCUGCAGAGUGAUCCAGGCUCCAUCGGGGCCAUGUGCAGUAUGCUGACCGAUGUGUUUGGGCCGACCAACAUCUUGGCCGAUCCUCAGACGGAAUUCCAUCAGUUCUCCACGCGCCAAUUACGCCAGAUUCUCAACACCUGCCGCCUCCAAUGGCAGCAGGGCCCGGAAGGCCCCCGUUUAGGAAUUGUCUCGGCGGAUGGUUCGCCAGUGAUCUUGCCUUACCAAACGCGGACGCGCGUCGACCCAAUGCCCCACUUUCUGGUCGUACCGAUCUUCAUCAUCGAAUUCCUGUUUUUAGCUGCAAUCAUUACCAUUAUGGGAUUGACGGUUGCGUCCUUGGCGCAUGACGGCAGCUUCCAGCAUCUGACCCAGUCCGGUUCAAGCUUCCUGCAAGUCGUCCUUUCAUUCCUACCGUCGGUGGUUGCCUCCUCGGUCGGUGCACUUUGCAAUUCUAUUCUGCGCAAUAUAAGCAUUCUGGAACCCUGGGUCCAUCUUCAACGUGGCAUGGCCACGGCCCAGUCGUCGUUGUCGUUGAAUUACGGAUCCCAAAACCCUUGGGCCGUAUUUCUCAAAGCCAUCCAGGAUCGCCAUGUUCUUCUGGGAUUGGUGUCCUUCACUUGUAUUGCCAAUGUGGUGUUGACCGUGGUCGCAGGUGGUCUUUUCAAUCAAGAACUCACCACCUCGUUUCUGCCCUCCAAAUCGUUGUAUGCCAACUAUAGCCAGUCGCACUUUCGACAAACUGACUUCUCAGCCGACUUCACCGAGUUCGACCUGAUCCAGACUAGUGUGACUAGCGGGGUCCCGUUGUUGUCGUGGAUGGCGGCCAACUACACUUUUCUCCCGAUCAGGAACACCGAUCCAGAUCCCGACGUGAUGUAUGGCGCUACGACGCUUGGAAUCGGCGCCGAACUCGAUUGCAUCUCUCUCGACGUCAAAAAGAGCAUGCACCAGGCCGACCGCACCCAGUAUUGGAUGUAUCAUCCCUUCAACAAUGCGAGUCGAGAGUGCACGGUGAACAUGACUGGCUUGACGCGACCCCACGAAGCCAUUGCGCUUUCGAUUCAUUUUCUCUCGCCCUCGGCUUCUUCCGACCGGGACGAGUGUCAGGAGUCGACCUUCAUCGUGGUCGGUCGAUGGAACUACACCGCUGCGUCAGCUUAUACCAGCGAAAAUACCAUCGCUCUUCACUGCGAGCCGAGGGUGCAGAUGCAAAAUUUCAGCGUUACCUUUGAUCAACGCGGUCAAAUAUCCGAUGUCGACCCGCUUGAUGGGACGUCCAUUACCUCUGGUGCCAUGUAUGAGAAUGCUACCGCGGCCAUGGGGCAGUUCAACAAGAUCUUUGCCGCUAUCCCGCAGAGCUUUGUUGGGGAAGAACCGGGGCACAACGGGUCUUAUGUGUCUUCGUACGAUUGGGCCGGGUUUCUGGUGGCCCGGCUGUACAAACAGAGCCAGACGCAUGUUCUACCUCUGCAGGUUGAGGCCCUGAUGGAGCAUUCCAAGGAGGUAUAUCAGUGGGUAUACACCACUUACUUUUCGGUGUGGCGGAACAUGUAUCUUCUGCCAUUGAAAGAGGCCCGUCCCGCCGCCAACGGGACGGUGAUCUCGAACACGUGGGCUAUGGUCCCGUCCGUGCCGUCGCUAGCUAUUGCCCUCAUCAUCAUCGCAUUGGAUACAGUGGUGGUGCUGGUGGUCUUUGGCAAACGACGGGGACGGUUCCGGGGCCCACGCAUGCCCCGGUCGAUCGGGGCGAUCAUCCCGUGGAUCGCCAAUAGUCGCAUGUUGGGCGACUUCACCAACACCUACGCGAUGCCGAACUCGCAGCGGCGGGAGCAUACCACGCGGCUGAACAAACGGUAUGCAUUCCGGACGUUCCUGCAGGACGACGGGCGGUUGCGGUAUGCGGUGGACGAGGAACCGAUGGUGGUUGAAGAUAAACCUCCUCCGGAAGGGGGCGAACGUACAGGGGAGGAGGCGAAAGGGGCUGAGGUGAUCGAGCUGCAGCCGCUGGGCGAGCCGGAGACGCCUCCUGCUCGGCAGGAAUCAUGA